AUGGAUCCCUUGAUCAUACAACCCAACACGCCGCCUAUUGGUGCUGAGAAGUAUGGUGUCAAGAGGAUGUAUUCCGGGCUCACUUGGUGGCCGUCGAGGAUAAUGGUUCUUCAUGCUGACACAGUCCCAGGUACCAGAAACAUGGAUCCUCUGAUCAUAAAACCCAACACACCGCCUGUUGGUGCUGAGAAGUAUGGUGUCAGGAGGAUGUCAUUCCUGGCUGUCUCGUGGUGA